AGAGUUGUUCCCCUUUAUUUUUCAGAAAUUUCAAUUCCGGAUUGAAUCCGUUACCAUUUUGCAUUUUAGUAACAUUUCCGUAUUUGUAAUGUUCUACACGGCAUGGCGCCCACUCCAAUUUGCAUAUAUUUUAUGCUGUUAUAGUCCCGCAUAGAUUUCUUACUAGUCUACUAGUAUAUAUACUAUAUGUAUGCAUAUCAAGAAAUAAAGCAGUGUCAGACCACAAGGCUUUACAGUAAGAAAUCUGGUGCAAUUCAGCAUAAUGUCACAGCCAACAGAGGAUGACUUAACACCUACCAUGUCCACUCCACAGUCCAUGGAGCAAGAGCAAGAGCUUAGAGACACAUGUGAAGGGGUGACAACAAGAGAACACAGAACCUUGUCCGAAAAAGGAUUGAUGUUUUAUCAGUCUCGAGUGGACCAUCUAUCAGCAAAACUAACAAGAGUUGGAAAAGAUCUUGACAGUUUACUUAACACAACUAUAUGUGAGGAAACAGAUAUUGAACUACUAUCAAAACGUUUAUUUGAAGUCUAUAAGACAUAUGAAAAUUUAAGUUCUGAUUUUCUGAACUUCCUCAUCAGACACAACACAGACGACAGUGCACGCGAACAGGCAGGUCUUACGCUCAUUAAAGCCACAUAUGCUCAACGUGUAGAACAAUUUGUUAAGAAAAUGGAUAGUGUUCACAGAGUUCGCGAACCAAAAACAAAAUCCAACAGCUUUAAAUCUGCAAGAUCUUCAAGCAAGUCAUCAAGUGUGGCAUCUCUCCUCGGACGACAACGAGCUAAGCGAGAAGCAGCCAAAGUAAAACUUAUGUUUGCAGAACAAGAAGCUAUGUUAAAGGCAAAGAUGGACGUUCUGUCAGUCAGAAAAGAAGCUGCUGUAGCCGAUGCGGAGUACCUUGGAAUGAAAGAGGAAUUAGAUCUCUGGGAUGAAGACUCCGUGUGUGAUGAUAACAACAACAGUGAUAUUCUCACCAAAUACUUUUGUUCUCAACUUAUGGAGAAUGACAACACCGACACACAAACAUAA